UAUAAAAUAAGCAUUAUUUAUUUAUUUAUUAUUAUUCUAUGUAGGUUACUAGGACUACCAUUAAUCAAAGUUAUUGGUCUGUUCAGUCUUACAAUUUAAACCUCUGACCUUCUGAGUGGGAGACCGCCUCACUUUUAAGUUGUUGUUGUUUUUAAAAAUGCAACAGUAAACCACACGUCAGUGAUCACAAGGAAGAGAUUCGUUGUGUAUUUAAAAAUAAUCCGCUUUCCCUGCAACUAUAGAGGGUUUUUUUGUUUAAUUUCAUCAUUCGAUGACGCUCACAUCGCUACGUUGCUAUGACAUGCUAGGCCAGUAGGUGGCGCAUCAUAUCUGUGGUAGAUUAGGAUUUACGCGUAUACAGGUAGAAUAAAUCCUGAUGAUGACACCAGCAAAAUGUGUAUAUCCUUUACCUUUAUCUUUUACUACAGACACCCUGGCUCUCCAGCUGGGGAGGCAACCACAGCCAGUGUAAUUAUUCACAUGUACCUACCACUAAGUGGAUCAGGCAUGGUGCAGUUUCUCUUCAGCCUGCCUUGAUCCUCCCCGAGGCCCUGGACCAGGUCUGGAUUGGAGCCCUGCAGCGCUCUCCUUCUCUUGGCUCUCUGUUCCAGCCUCCUCACCCGACCCUGGGAUCGACUGAUGAAGUCUGGCCUAAAGAGCUCCAGAGCCUCCUGAGGGUGGGAGGGGGAUAAACACACAAGCUUCUUGUUGAACUUUGAGGACUACCGACAUGGACGCACUAAAGGCUGACCUUGAUGCGUUUGGUAUUUCUGAGGAGUUUGGAUUCGUCCAAGAGCAACAACUUACUGACCUUCCGGACUAUUACAAGAAAUGGCUGGACCUGGCAAACAAUCUGACACAGCUGAUUGAGUCACGUGAGCUACGGGACAUGGUUCAUCGGAUGCCAGUCUUGAGUCCGCAUCUCCUCACCAGUUAUGAGGAGCUGAGGUUGGCUCACCUUGUGCUGGGGUUAAUCACCAUGGGCUACGUGUGGCAAGAGAAAAACACUCCUGCUCAGGUUCUUCCAAAAACGCUAGCCUUGCCCUUCUGGUUGGUGUCUCGCAGGCUUGGCGUUCCACCCAUUUUAACGUAUGCAGAUGUUGUUUUGUACAACUGGAAAUUCAGGGAGCCCACCGGAAACAUGGACAUUGGGAACCUGGAUUUGAGAUUCCCCUUCCCUGGUGGCGAGACCAGCAGAUGGUUUUUCAUUGUGUCAUUGUUAGUGGAGGGGGCCGCUGGUCCAGGCAUCAUGGGGGCUCUGAUGGUCAUGCGUGCAAUGAAAACGUUCGACCUCGACGGGGUCGAGAAAGGACUCAUUCAAGUGACUUACUCCUUGAAAAAGAUGAAGGAACUAUUUGCACUCAUGCACCAUUACGUGGAUACUGCUGAGUUUUUUGGAACGACGAGAAUGUUUUUCUAUGGAUGGAAGAACAGUCCACUGCUACCCAGGGGUCUGCUGUAUGAAGGUGUGAGUGAUGAACCCAUCCGUCUGUCGGGCUUAAGUGCAGCACAGAGUUCAACCAUUCAGUGCUUUGAUGCUCUGCUUUGUAUCCAACACGAAGAUGAAGCUGGAGCCUACCUGAAAAGUAUGAGGGAUUAUAUGCCUCCUGACCACGUGCAGCUGAUCGAAGCUCUCUCCACGUGCCCAUCGCUCCGCAACUUCAUUUUUUCCAGGCCCAGAUCAGACCUCCGCCGGGUGUACAACGGGUGCGUGUCAGCUCUUGUAGAUUUCCGAAACUACCACAUCAAUACUGUAGCCAAGUAUAUAAUUGUGCCGGCUAACCAGCGCUGCCUCCUCGGUGGUGCAUGUGUUGCUCAAAAGAAAGGAUCUGGCGGAACCAAUCCACUUGUUUUCCUCAAGAAUGUUCGUGAUGCUACCGAAAAAAGCAUUCAAUAUGAUGUGUAAAGGCUGUGAGAUACGGCUGCUCACAACAAUAGGCUAGAGAGAAUAGGCCAAGAGAUUUCUAGUCUCGACUUCACUGGGAACUAGUGAGCCCUUCUUUUACAUUACAUUCUUUUACUCAUGCUAUGCAUUGACAGUAUGUACAGAAUAUCCAUCCAUCCAUCCAUCCAUUUUCAUCCGCUUAUCCGUUACCGGGUCACGGGCAGCAGUCGCCACUAUUUAGUAACCUGUAAAACAUGCGUACUGUAACAUGUUGCUAGUUUGUUUUCGUCUGUGUAGGUAAAUGUCACAGAAAUAAUGUAAUAAAUAUGUAUUUUAUUACCAAAGAUACUUAAAGGUUUGCAAACCCUAUUAUUAUUGGAAGAAGUUGUUUUUGUUAAACAGUGACACAGUUCAAAUGAAGGAAAUCUAACAUGUUUUAGCAUAAACGUGCCUGAAGUCAGCUGGUAUUCUCUGGGAAUUUACCUAAAGUGACAAAACAUGUUAUUUUCAGUUCUGGUAGGCAAAUGUUAAAUUAAUUUGUUUAAAAUGUUUAAAAUUAUCGA